AGAGACAGUAGAUGUGCUUGUUGCCGAGGUAGCAGAGCCACAAGCACACCGAGAACGUAAAAAGAAGGGCGGUCCAUCUUUUAUCUGUUCUUCAUCACUCCUCUUUUCAUCCUGGAAACUUUUCCCCCCUCUUUCUCCUCUUCAUCCUCCUCCUCCUCCACCUCCAUCAUCAUCUUCUUCUUCCUGGUGGAGUGCAGCAGCAGCAGAGAUUCAUUCAUGCAUGUCAUAGCGAGCCUCGGAUAGCAUGUAAAUAUGGCCUCUAAUAGAGGAGCAUUGAUUUCCUGUGACCUUUGACUUUCCUGGAGAAGUGGAGCCGAACGUUUUCACGCUUUGAUUAAGACACACACACACACACACACACACAAGUAGUCCAUCAUUAUUUGUGGAGUCGAACCAGAACCUGAACUCAACGUCUUUGUCUUCUUCUACAUUCUGCAGUGUGGAUCAGGACAAGCAAACAUGGACGCCAAGUGGCCGCUGCUGGUCCAUUGAGAGUGAGGAGCAGCGGCAGUAGGAAGAGGGCGGUGGCGGCGGCGGCGGCGGCGGCGGCAAAGAGACACUUAGAGAAAAAGAUUGUGUCGAGCUUGCAACUUCGCCAGCAUCAUCACAAUUUAAUAAGACCGCAGCACUGACACACACACAUCCUUCUUCACCACCACGUGUGUCAUCUUCACUUCCUGUCGGCCAUUUUUCCAUGGCGUGACACCUAGAAUAUAUCUAACCCCCCUCCCUCCAUGCCUCCCUCCCCACACAUCAACAUGCCAAGCUCCGCCCACACCAGGAAAUAAGGGCAGGUGCCACCGCCACCUGCGUCGUACCCCGAGCAGCUCCCUGACGACAAAGCUGUGCAGGUUUGCAAGAUGGCGGCCGGCGUGGCAACAUGGCUGCCUUUCGCGCGAGCGGCGGCGGUGGGCUGGCUGCCGCUGGCCAAGAAGACGAUGCCCAAACCCCCUAUAGACAACUCAUCUCGGUCUGACGAGAUCUUGUAUGUCAACGUCAGCGGGGUCAGGUUUCAGACAUGGAAGAACACGCUGGACCGCUAUCCCGACACGCUGCUGGGCUCCUCGGAGAAAGAGUUCUUCUACAACGAGGACACUCAGGAGUACUUCUUUGAUCGAGACCCAGAAAUGUUCCGCCAUAUUCUCAACUUCUACCGCACGGGCAAGCUGCACUACCCGCGACAUGAGUGUAUCCAAGCCUUUGACGAGGAGUUGGCCUUCUACGGCAUUGUGCCUGAAAUCAUCGGCGACUGCUGCAUGGAGGAAUAUCGAGACCGGAAAAAGGAAAACCAGGAGCGCCUGGCGGAGGACACGGAAGCAAACGAAGCCAUGGAUGCGCCCUUGCCCCCCCACAGCACCCCGAGAGAGCGGUUGUGGCGAGCCUUUGAGAACCCUCACACGUCCACCAUGGCGUUGGUGUUCUACUACGUGACAGGCUUCUUCAUCGCCGUGUCGGUCAUCGCCAACGUGGUCGAAACGGUCCCCUGUCGCCCACCCAAGGGGAGCGUCAAGGACCUGCCCUGCGGCGAGAAGUACCAGCUGGCGUUCUUCUGCAUGGACACAGCGUGCGUUCUCAUCUUCACCUUUGAGUACUUGAUGCGUCUGUUCGCCGCGCCGAGUCGCUGCAAAUUCAUGCGCUCGGUUAUGUCGGUCAUCGACGUGGUGGCCAUCAUGCCGUACUACAUCGGCUUGGUCAUGCCUGAAAACGAGGACGUGAGUGGCGCCUUCGUCACGCUGCGGGUGUUCCGCGUCUUCCGGAUCUUCAAGUUCUCACGUCACUCGCAGGGAUUGAGGAUUUUGGGCUACACGCUGAAAAGCUGCGCCUCGGAACUCGGCUUCCUGCUCUUCUCUCUCACCAUGGCCAUCAUCAUCUUCGCCACGGUCAUGUUCUACGCCGAGAAAGGAACUAAGGGCUCCACCUUCACCUCCAUCCCGGCCUCCUUCUGGUACACCAUCGUCACCAUGACCACGCUGGGGUACGGCGAUAUGGUCCCCAAUACCAUCGCCGGGAAGAUUUUUGGCUCCAUUUGCUCACUCAGCGGCGUGCUGGUCAUCGCCCUCCCCGUGCCCGUCAUCGUGUCCAACUUCAGUCGUAUCUACCACCAGAACCAGCGAGCCGACAAGAUGAGAGCGCAGCAGAAAGUCCGUUUGGCUCGGAUCCGCAUGGCAAAGAAAGGAACAACAAACGCUUUCCUGCAGUACAAAGAAGACCGAGCCCUUGGGGACCGUGACAGUGGCAGCGGCGCUCUGUGUGUGAAGAACAAAUCGACAUUUGAGCAUCAACAUCAUCACCUGCUUCAUUGCUUGGAGAAGACCACGAACCACGAGUUCACAGACGAGCUGAACUACAGCGAGUUGUGCAUCACCGAGUCAGUUGGCUUCCGAACCAGCCGCAGCACCUCCCUGUCCAGCCAGCAGGGGGCGCCAAACCACUCAACAGGCUGCUGCCCUCGCCGCGUUCGAAGGCGGGCGGCCAUGCGUCUGGCUAACUCUACUGUGUCCGUGAGUCGGGGGAGCGUUCAGGAGCUGGACACGUUGCACACCAAGAGCACGCAUCUUCCACCUCAGACACGUUCAAGUCUCAACGCACAAGUGGACCUCAAACUGAACUGCGGCGAGCAGGACUUCAGCGCUGCCAUCAUCAGCAUCCCAACGCCACCCGCCAACACACCCGACGACAGCCUCCCUCCUUCGCCUGCUGUCAUCCCGACUGGCAUCCUGCGUACGACGCGUGCCACCGCCUACACCUCCGACACCAUCAAGAUCUCCUCGUUGUAACCUCAGCCUGGGCCUUAAUCCAACGCACCACUCCAAGCUCGCCGGACGCCUUUGCCGCCGUCCUCGCCGCCAUCUUGAAAGCAAAGACGUGCUGCGAUUGGCUGAGGAUCGUGGCUUGAAGACCCGGUGACAAAAACUGCCGCACAAAAACUCAAGCCGUCUUGUUAUGACCUUUGAACCACACCAUCACAAGGUUCUUCAUUGCAUCCACUUCCUGCAGGACUUCAAGAUGGCUACUUGGCAAGACGCCGUUCUCACAUGGACGCACGGAGGAAGAUGUCAAUUUCUGGACGGGUGUGGACAUCCAAAUAUGCAAAGCAAAGGAAGUAGUUAUUAAUAAUCGAUAAUAAGAUCAAUUAAUUGUGUUGUGUGUUUGAAGCAUCCAUCCAUUCAUCUUCUAUGCCGCUUAUCCUCACGUGGGUCGCGGGGGGGGGCAUGCUGGAGCCUAUCCCAGGUGACUUCGGACAGUAUGUGGGGUGCACCCUGGACUGGUCUCGAGUCAAUCGCAGGGCAGUCACACUCACAUUCAUACCUAUGGACAAUUUAGUCGCUAAUUAACCUAGCAUGUUUUUAAAACCCACACAUGGAUGGAUCUUCUGUGUGGCUAACAUGCUACGUUCACAAAUUUGUCAACAAAUGCAAUAUAGCUUACAAGUUCAAAGGUCAGCUUUCUUCCGUCACAUUAGAGGUUGCACUGGGAAGCAACUUAAGUUGGACCCAAGUGCAAACUUGUAUGCCAUAAAGAAAGUAGCAUGCUAGCAGCUUUAGCGACAUCACGCUAAUCUGUCUGUCUGCAAUGAAAGAAAACCUGACCGUUUGCUAGCUUAAACAUUAGCGCUAUUUGCGCACGAAUGCUUCAUUUGACCAAUUAGGAACUAGUGUACAUUGUAAAAUAAUUUGUAAGAUAAACUCACCUGCAAUUGAACCUCAGAAAAAAAAUUUAAAAGAAAAAAAAAAAGAAAAAGAAAAAAAAGUGUGGACAUCGCCCUCUGGUGUCAGUCCGUGCAUGAGCCUGGUACUUAUGACGACAAAACUAGCCACCUUAUUUAAAAAAAAAAAACAACAAAAACCACAAAGGAGGAAAAUGACCUUGUUGUUUUUGCAUGAUAACUUAAGAAAUGUUCUUUUUGUUUUCCUUUUUUCCAUAAGCAAACAGUUUCAUUCAGGAAUGUUCCUGGCCUUCCGGAAUGCUAAGAGACGUCACUACUAUGCAUGGAUACCGUUGUAGGUAUUUGAUCUCAAAGCACUCUAUGUUCACUGGACUCCGACUCACCCCCUUUUUUUUGUCUGCGUUCCACAUCAAAGUGGAAGUCAACUCCAAACAUACACUAAAACAUUUGUCAGUCAUGGCGACUGUAUUAUUGUAUGUCAAAGUAUUGACAGUUUGACAAAAUGGCCGCCAACAGGGGACUAUGUAGGAAUUGACUCGGUUCUUUAUGUUAAUUUGGGAGAUACGAUGGGGUGGUGGUGGGGGGGGUCCAGUGAGCAACUGAAUCAAAUAAAGCACAGACGUGUAAUAUUCAUGACACCAAUAAAAAAAAACAUGACAAAAGUGUUUGUGUCGUCGCUGAAGCGAUCCCGCGAAAUAUUCAGCGACUCAACAAUUAAGCUGCCCUGAUAAUGAGGACAUUUUAUUUUGAAAUAUAAACUGACUAGUUUCCUAGUAAACAU